GUUAGGUUUCCCAAGUGACUCGGGUGUGAUCAAUAGGAUUUGGCAAUGCGGGGCACUCCUGAGCCUACGGGAGGGUUAGUGUAGUUGCUUGUUCACACCCCGCUGGCCCGAGCUUUUUCCCAGCUUCCAGAUCUGAGGUCGGCCUUGUGUUUUGAAUCAUUACGUCACUGUGAAGCAGAGCGUCAAUGAGGUGGAAGUUUCGGCAGCAAACAUGUCCAACAGCAUUUCCAAAGAAGGGUUUCGUGGAACCCUACCCGUAGCCGAGAACCUCAGAUGGUCCUCUUUUCCUCCUCCAGCGUGUCUCACCCCUUGCGCGUUCUUAGGCGGCCAUAUCAAACCCAAGUGACGACCUGCAGAAAACCCCAGCACCAAUCUUCCCAGCUGUUCUUGAGCUUCACGGAGUAGACACGAUGCUACGAGGCGUGAAUCCACUGUUGCGCUCCUCCGCGAGGCCGGUUGCCAAGCUCGUAGGCCCGGGAACUCAACGGGCACUCACACCGAGGUUGGUCGGCGCAAAUGCCCUUUCUGCUAGGCCCAGAGUAGGCCACCCGAGCUUGAUUCCCGCGACAUGGAAGACCGGGUUUUCCACGAAGCCGCCGGUGCAGCCGACGAAGGUCAACAAAGAAUUUGAGAGGGAAUUGGCGAAGAAGAAGAUGGAGGCAGACCCGGAUCGUGUUUCGACCAAGUCGUCGGUCCGCCAGUUCAUCGAACCCAGCUCAGAAGCCACCCAGGCUGCCAAGGACGAGGAAGACGUUAUGCGCGCAGUAAAGUCGGACCUUAACACCGUCGCGGAGACCUUCUCGCUCGCCUCGGUGCCCCGCGAGGUCCUCACCCUCGGCCUGGCCGGCUCGCUCCCGUACCUCGCAACGUCGCUCUCGACCAUGUACCUCUCCUGGAACCUCAACACGGCAUGGCCGACGAGCUCCAACUUCCUCAACAGCAUCAUGGUCUCCAACGAGACGGCCUCGCACUGGCUCCACCUGCUCGAGCCCAUCCAGCUCGGCUACGGCGCCGUCAUCAUCUCCUUCCUGGGCGCCGUCCACUGGGGUCUCGAGUUCGCCGAGCGCGCGCCCUCGCGCCCCCGCACCACCUUCCGCUACGGCGUCGGCGUCGUCGCCCCUGCCCUGGCCUGGCCGACGCUGCUGCUGCCCGUCGAGUGGGCCCUGAUCGGCCAGUUCGUCUCCUUCACGCUGCUGUACUUUGCCGACGCCCGCGCCGCCACCCGCGGCUGGGCCCCGGCCUGGUACGGCACCUACCGCUUCGUGCUGACCUUUGUCGUCGGCUCCGCCAUCUUCGUCAGCCUCGUGGGGCGCGCCAAGAUCGGCGAGGACAAGGCCAGCUCGGCGUCGCGGAUGACCAGGACGACCAAGAACUCGGAGCCGUACGCGAACUGGCAGAAGUUGGAGCAUGAAGAGAUGGAGAAGGAGAAGAUCAGGAAGGAGAAGGAAGAGGAGGAGAAGCGGAGAAAGGAAGAAGAGGAGAAGAAGAAAGAGGAAGGGGAGAAGAAGAAGGGGGCUAAGAAGGAGAAGGAGGGGGCUAAGAAGGAGACAGAAGGGGUUAAUAAGAAGGAGACAGAAGGAGCUAAGAAGGAGACAGAUGACGCAAAGGCCAAGGAGUGAUGCAAAUGCUCUCGGCAGAAAUGGGAAGGAAGUGACGUACAGUUGACACCAACAAUUAUCAGACGCGAGAUAGGAGUCAUAGGGAAGUUGGGAGGGAACAUCGAGAAGACCGGGGUUUCGCCUGAGGUUUUCGCACCGUCACUUUAUCGGCUUGCAUUUUUGGGAUUUUUGGGAUAUAGGAAACUUGGAGAGACUUUCCUGCUUGGAACCAAUGUGAUGCAAGAUAUCCAUCAGGCUCUCAUCAAGAUAGUACUAGGUAGCUUGUAAUCAACCAGUCAGAGCAUCACAUCCAAUUAACUAUGA